AUGUCGUUCUUUCAGAAAGUCACCACGGGGACUGGACGAACAGUAAUUCCUCCCGCAGGCCCGUCUCCAGCAACGGGGGUACUGCAGGACAAAGCCCCCGAAAGCGGUGGUUUGGCUGUCUGUCUCGCAGCCACCUGGGGAUAUCAAAGACAAGUUAUGGCGUACUUCGCCUAUCAUGAAAAGGAGCCAGGCACUUACCAGCCAGAUGAGACAAUUGACGGUUCAACACCCCAGCACGGAGUUAGGGAUAAGGGUAAGGGUAAGGUAGGGGGCGUGAAGGGUCUGAUCAAUGCCCUGCGUAAACCACUUCUUCAAGAGCAUUCAGAGGAGUCAUUGUAG